AUGCCCCGCAAAGAAGCAAAGAAGCAAACGCGACUUGCAUUUGCCCCAACGGUUGCAUCUCCGUCUCGCGAUGGAGGCGACGACAGUAGCGAUCGCUUCGCAAGGCUGUCGUACGGGCACCCGAGUGUGGCCUCAGUACGAACGGAUGUUUCUCAGAAAAGCAAGGCUUCGGGGUCCAAGAAGAAGAGCUCGUCCAGAUCCAAGAAGGAAACUCCCGAUCUAGGCCGAGAAUCACCAGUCGCUAAGACGUAUUCUUUGUUCAAAGUCCAAGCUGCAACACAAAAUGAAGAGGAAUCAUCAGAUGACGACAUCAUCAUUCCCAGCUCCCAGAGAAAACGACGAGCAGUUCCCGAUCUUAGCAAGAUGCCCAUGAGUCCUUCGGCGUCCAACUCAAAGAAGAAAACUCGACAUAUCUCACGGCCUGCGAACGAAGAGGCCAUGGAGGAAACUUCUCAGCCGCGCCGGAGACUUAAGCGCAAAGCAGAGAGCUCGCCUGUGGUUGUGCUGAGCGACAGUGAUGAUUCGGAAGACCCUGUGGUAUCCUCACCUGUCAAGAGGAGACGCCUUCCAGACCCAGACACACCUCAGACACCCCGGUCAAGUGAGGACCAAGACGAUUUGGACAUUCAAGAAGAUCUAAGAGAUCUACAGGACUCAGUUGUCAAGAAAACCCGCACACGCGGCCGCGUUGCUGAAUCUGCGAGAGACAAGCGGUUCAGACAUCUAGAAGCUCUCCGUCGUCGGCGUCUUGGACUUCCAGAGGAAAGUGAACACGAGACAGCAUCAGGAAACGAUGACGAUGAAAGUGAACAUGACAAUGAAAACGGCCAUGAAGACGAAGCCGAUGCGAGCCCAACACAUCGAAUUGAAUAUCGAAACCAGCUUGAUAGUGACGUGGAGUCCGCCAUCGACCCUAACGAGGACCUGGACAAGUACGAGGACGACUUCGUGCUAGAGGAUGACACCACAGAGCUGGGUGUUCCGACCGAAGAAAUGCCCUUCGAAUUCACUCGCCACGCCUACAAACAGCCAAAAGAAUACUUCCGUGAUGUGGUUGGGUGGAUGGUGCACAACCGACUCGACCCAGCAUUUCCACGCGACGACGACAUGUACAAAGUGGCCUUUAUGAAACUAGAGGACGAAGUCAAGGCACGCGCUGGAUCGCAACUGAUCUCUUCAGUAUGGAAUUCUGAAUUCGUCCGGGCACUUCGGGCCAGACCACACAUGGAGCUGUCUGCAUUUCCCACUGAUCUCGGUCACUCCUGUGAUGCAUGCAAGCGAUCGGGCCACCCCGCAUCUUCUGAUAUCAGAUUAUACGGCAAAGCAUAUUCUCUCUCCACGCUUGAGCCUCUUAACGAUGAAAGCUCUGAGGACUCGGACAAUUCUGACUCUAGUGAAGCAUCUGGCGUUGAGCGAGACCGGGAUGGUCAUGAGCUGCCGGGUGAAGAGAAACGAUUCUAUCUAGGAAGACACUGUAAGGACAAGGCCCAGUUAGCUCAUACUCUGAUGCACUGGCGGUAUCAACUCAACGAGUGGGUUGUUGAUUAUCUCGAUCGCAUGGGUCAAAUGGAGGACUCUGAGAUCCUUCGACGAAGUACCUUGAGCCAGAAGCGCAAGACGCGAAACGCUAUCGAUAUCAUCAAGCAAAUGGUUGAGGCCGGGGAGAUUGAGAAGCUUUGGCGGGAUUUCCAUAUCGCUCUGAAAGCUGCUCGAGAGAAAACGGUAUGUCAUGCAACGAAAAUGAAAUUAUGGCAAUGGAAUCCGAACUAA